GAGGCGGCGGCGGCGGCGGGACGGCCGGAGCGGGUCUCCGGCGGCCUCUUCGGGGCGCGGCGCGGAGCGCAGCCAUGAGCGAGGCCAGCGCCAGUGCGCUCCCGCCCAGCAGGCCCAGGAGGCAGCCCUUCGCCCAUCCAGAGAGCCUCUCUUUGGACUCCAGUUUCUUUUCUUCUCCACCUGUGAAUUUCCUCCAAGAAUUGCCAAGCUACCGGUCCAUUGCACGCAAGAGGACGAACAUCCCUUCCCGUGACAAGCAGAGUGGCACUUUGCUGAAGCCGACAGACUCUUACAGCUCCCAGCUGGAGGAAGAAAUCGCUGAAAACCUCAACAGCCAAUCCAUUCGAAAGUAUGCACUGAACAUCUCUGAGAAGCGGAGACUAAGGGACAUUCAGGAGACCCAAAUGAAGUAUUUAUCUGAGUGGGACCAGUGGAAACGGUAUAGCAGCAAGUCUUGGAAGAGGUUCCUAGAGAAAGCUCGUGAGAUGACGACCCACCUGGAGCUGUGGCGGGAGGACAUUCGCAGCAUAGGAGGGAAAUUUGGCACUGGGAUUCAGUCCUAUUUCUCUUUCUUGCGAUUUCUGGUGUUGCUGAAUUUGGUGAUAUUUCUGAUCAUCUUUAUGUUGGUUUUGCUCCCAAUAUUGCUCACGGAAUACAAGAUCACCAACAGCAGCUUCGUGCUCAUUCCAGCCAAAGACAUGGAUAUUCAAUGCACAGUAUAUCCAAUAAGUAGUUCUGGACUCAUCUAUUUUUACAGUUAUAUCAUAGACCUGCUCUCUGGCACUGGUUUCUUGGAAGAGACCUGCCUCUUUUAUGGACAUUACACCAUUGACGGGGUGAAGUUUCAGAAUUUCACCUAUGAUUUGCCUCUGGCCUAUUUGUUAAGCACAAUUGCCUACCUGGCCCUGAGCCUUCUUUGGAUAGUGAAAAGGUCGGUGGAAGGGUUCAAAAUCAACCUGAUCCGGAGUGAGGAGCACUUCCAGAGUUACUGCAACAAGAUCUUUGCUGGCUGGGACUUCUGCAUCACCAACCAGAGCAUGGCGGACCUCAAGCACAGCAGCCUGCGGUACGAGCUCCGAGCAGAUCUGGAGGAAGAAAGAAUACGGCAGAAAAUAGCAGAAAGGACCUCUGAAGAAACGAUACGGAUUUACUCUCUGAGACUGUUCUUGAACUGUAUUGUUCUGGCUGUUUUAGCGGCAUGCUUUUAUGCAAUCUAUAGAGCAACUAUAUUCUCACAAGAACACAUGAAAAAAGAAAUUGACAAGAUGAUUUUUGGAGAGAACCUCUUGAUACUGUACCUGCCUUCUAUUGUGAUCACUCUGGCCAAUUUUAUCACCCCAGUGAUCUUCGCCAGGAUCAUCCACUAUGAGGAUUACUCCCCAGGCUUUGAGAUCAGGCUGACAAUCCUUAGGUGUGUCUUCAUGCGGCUGGCGACCAUCUGUGUGCUGGUGUUCACCCUGGGCUCCAAGAUUACAUCCUGUGACAACUACUCGUGUGAGCUCUGUGGCUACAACCAGAAACUCUACCCGUGCUGGGAGACCCAAGUUGGGCAGGAAAUGUACAAGCUGAUGAUCUUCGACUUCAUCAUCAUCUUGGCUGUGACACUUUUUGUGGAUUUUCCCAGAAAGCUCCUGGUGACGUACUGUUCCUCUUGGAAGCUGAUGCAGUGCUGGGGGCAGCAGGAAUUUGCCAUUCCUGAUAAUGUUCUGGGAAUCGUGUAUGGGCAAACCAUUUGCUGGAUCGGAGCCUUUUUCUCACCCCUUCUCCCUGCCAUUGCAACCGUGAAAUUCAUCAUCAUCUUCUACGUGAAAGAGAUGAGCCUUCUUCAUACCUGCAGACCCUCCCCAAGGCAGUUCAGAGCAUCCAAUUCUAAUUUCUUCUUCCUGCUGGUAUUGUUGAUUGGCCUGUGCUUGGCAGUAAUACCGCUGACCAUCAGCAUGGCACACAUCCCAUCCUCGAAAGCCUGUGGGCCGUUCACCAACUCCAACACCACCUGGGAGGUGGUUCCCAAGACGGUGAGCACCUUCCCCAGCUCGCUGCAGUCCCUGGUCCACGGCAUCACGUCGGAAGCCUUUGCAGUGCCUUUCUUCAUGAUCAUCUGCCUCGUUAUGUUUUACUUCAUUGCCCUGGCCGGAGCGCAUAAGCGGGUGGUCGUCCAGCUCCGAGAGCAGCUGUCCCUGGAAAGUCGUGACAAGCGUUACCUAAUCCAGAAACUAACAGAAGCCCAGAGGGAUAUGAGGAACUGACUAGACUGAUGAGAAGAUGCUGCUUCGAGUUCAUAAGCUGGCUUGGUGACCUGCUGAGCCUGCAGAGUGCCUCUGGCUUUUCAGCGGAUUUUUAAGGAGUAUUUUCCUGGAGUCCAGGCCUUUCCUGAAGGUGGCUUCAUGUGUGCAGCUGUGGGGGCCAUGUUUACAUGACCCGGCUCCUAUGGAGGGCUUCAGUGACUUAGAAAAGCAGGUUCCAUACCAAGUCUUGCCUGUUGACCAGCCACUCGGUGACUACCAAAAACUGAUGUAUGACGCCUUUAAGCUUUUACACCAAAAAUGGGGGAGGAGAGACCUUAUAUAUUUUUAAGGGCUUCUUUGUUUUGUCUUUUAAAGAUAACUGUAGGGGUCAUCUGUUCAGGAGGCUGGGGUCAUUCUUUUAAACCAGGUUCUAGGGUUUACACUGAGAAGUGUUCCUUAAGAAGUAGUGACCCUUUUGGACAGUUCUGUGGACUUAAAAUGAAACCUGAUUUUUAUUUUAUUUUUUUUUAAUGAAGAGAAAGCCUUGAAUCAUGAUCUGGGAACAAGUGGUGGGAACACGGGGAGGACAGCUAUGUAAUUUCAGCCACACGGGGUAGUCAUGUGAGAAAAGCCGGUCCUGCUGUGUGAGUCACAGCCUCUGGAUGUACGGAGGGAGCCGUCGGAGGGGAUUGCUGCAGGUGGCCGUGAUUUCUUAGCUGCGGCCUUAUUACUCAGGGGGCAGUGCCUUUACGGGGCUGGAUACCCACAAGCCCUCGGUUCCCUUCCAGUCCUGAGUUUGGAGACUUGGGAGAGGACCCCGUGCCAUCAAAAUGAAGAGGGACACAAAGUUGGCCUCUCAGUCUUCCAAAUGCCACUUCCCUUCCUGCACUGAGGCCUCUCUUUCUGAAGGACACUGUCCAUUUCAGAGCCAGGCUGGAAAGACUGUUGAGUAUUUAUUUGAGUUGUGGGUUUAUGGGCAUAAGUGUUUUGGGGGGCUAUGGGUUGUAGCUCUGCCUGUCAAUCAGACCAGGCUGUGCCAGUGUAGCAAGUCAGACAAUAUUGUGUUCUUAAAUACACAUAUCCAAAUCGUUCAGGGCUACUGUUGGUUUUCUUGUGCUUAGAAUUUUAAACACAAGUGCCUUUAUGUUACAACACAUGCAGAGUACCUCUUAAGGUAAUUUCAAUUACAGUUAAAACUGUAUGCCAUCAAUACCUCAGUGUAAGCUUUCCGAAAUGGAUAGGUCUGAAUUUUUUAGCGUAAGCCUAAGUUAUUGUUUAAUGUGACAACGAUUUCAUUUUUACAUCUUCAGAUCAUUUGUUUUGUAACGUACUGUUUGCGGCAGCCUGCCUUUCACUGACUGAACCUUUCCUGGGGGUAGCUGGAAUUUCACCUUGGAUGCAAGUUUCAGAACGCUGCUGCUGUUAAGAAUAUUUCCCACCCCCUCCAGCCCUUAUUAGAAAAAGAUGACUGCUCUGAGAAGCCAGCCAGCUGACCAUAGCCUGCCCAUUGCUGUAGACUUGUCCCUCUGUCCCAGGUCAGUUACUUUCCUUCCACAAAGUGAGCAUGGACAUGGGAUAUUUUUGUACCUGUGACCAGUGAGCCUUUCAAGCUUUUUCUCUCUGGUUAAGGUUUAUGAUUUUCUAGGUCUAUAAACUAGUAUCAUGGAAUUUUAAGUAAACAAAAGUUCAUGCAACCCUCACUUUUAAGAAAUUCCAAUUUGGGGCAUUUCUACCUAGUGUAUUUAUAUAUAUAUAAUGUUCUCGCCUUUACCAUACUUCUGAGGAUAGCCAAGUUUUCUGUGUGUGUGUGUGUGUGUGUGUGUGUGUGUGUGUGAGAGAGAGAGAGAGAGAGAGAGAGAGGAGAGAUGGAAGCUCUGUUUUCUUUCCCUAUUAUAAAAAUGAUACUGAAAUAUGCUAAUAUAUUUGUUUUAAAUGCUAAUUACAUACCUCUUGAAUGUUUUGAUAUAUGUAUUUUGAUAACUUUAAUAACUUUAAGUGAUGUCUGUGUAAUUGUUCAAGUGCAGCUGUCACUAACAAAUGUGCGCGAAAACUACUGAUUAAACAAUCCUGAAGGUUUUUCAA